AUGGUCCAUCAGGUUGUUCUGUCCGAGGCCAUAGACCGUGUCUUGGUGUCGUCAGUAUCGUGGUGUAAACGGGUGUACGAGCAGGUGGUGCAGGAGGCCCACCAGAAGAAUAUUACAUUCCCGCCAAAAGAGAUGAACAAACUUGUGGAGCAGGUCUUGGUGGAUGUUCGGAUGAUAUAUCGCGACCUGAAUGUUGACGUAUUUACCCCCGCGUCUGAAGCACUCUGUCGCAUCGUGGAGAGUCGUGCAGUCUCCUACACGCUCGAGGUGAGUCACCACGCCUGGCUCCUGCUGCGCUGGAUACAACAACAACUCCCCAAGCAAGAGGUCAGGCCCUACCAGGAACAUAUAAACUUGAAGGAAGAAAUUGAGGACCUUAACUGGCUUAUCAAGGACGUUGCUGCGAAGGUUAUCCACGCGAUAGCGAGCGGCGACCUGCGUGGCACAGUGCAUCGCCUGCUGGAACAACUGGAACAAACCAGUAUCUUCAGGAUGGUGAAGAGAGAAGUGGAUGCCCUGAUGCAGCAGUACCCAGUGGAGUACGAGGCCAUCAAGGAGGUGAUGGCCAAGGUCGGAGGCGUCCUCUUGUCUGAUCUGGAUACACUGAGGCAUGACCCAGUUACCCUCCUGACAGCCAUCUUAAUCUUCGGGAAUGUCGAUGAACUGAUGCAAAAGGUGAAGCUUAACGCUAUAACGAUGCUGUACGACAUCCUGUGGGCCUAUGACUCCCACACCACCUUACCUUUUAACAACGUCAUGUGGAUCAUCUACACACUCCAACCACCCAGAGUCACAGACCUCCUGCCGCCUCAUACCCGCACAGCCAUGGUAGUGGGUGAUACAGAGAUCCUCACCUUCGACAAUGCCAAACUACGAGCACCCAUAUCACCGUGUAAGGUGGUGCUGGCUGCCUACGCCUCCAACAAGCUUACCAUGGCCCAUCCACAACCCUCAGCCCCACCACAGAUCACCUUAUCUACUCGCACAACUACCGUCACCAUUAAGCCGGACUUCCGUGUUGAUGUCAACGGACGGGAAAUUGGCACGUCAGAUGUCACUAUUGGUGAAUUAACUAUUGAACAAUCAAACCUUCAGGUCAAACUGAUCUCACCCUUCAUGAUCGUCCGGGUGGCCACAAAAGAGCGAGUGGUAUCUCUGGAGGUGUCCGGCUGGACGUUUGGUCGUCUGGCGGGUCUCCUGGGUACUUAUGAUGGUGAAUCUGGAAAUGACUGGACCAUGCCCACUGGUAUACAGGCUUCCACCCUACAAGAGUUGGUGACGUCAUGGCAGGAGGACCAGCAAUGCCACGCCCCUGACGUCUCCCUUGUGAGCCCCGCCCAGGUCACAACAGAGAGACUCUUCCACUGCUAUCCACUCCUUGGAGUUUGGUCUAGGUGUAACUCAUUAGUUCGGCCUGAGCCCUUCAUCCACCUGUGCUAUACGACCACCGACCCUUGCUACGCCGCCCAGGCCUACCGUACAAUGUGCACUACAAAAGGUAUUGGACCACUCGUGCCCAGAGGAUGUUAAAUGUAUAAAAUUA